AUGUAAGAAUUGCAACAAGGUGAAUUAAUAGGGGAAAAGUACAAAGUUAAGAAACUUCUAUCCCAAGGUUCAUUUGGCAAAGUGUAUUUAGGGAGGAAUAUUGAGAAUGGAAUGAAAGUGGCAAUCAAGGUUGAAAAGCAGGAAAUGUCAAAUUGCUUGAGUUUAGAAAGAGAGGUUAGUUGAAAAGUUAAUGAUAGGUAGAAAUUUUGAAGAAGUUAAGAGGAAUUCCAUAGGUGCCUGAAUUACUUUGGCAUGGAAAACACAAUGAAUUCUAAGUAAUGAUAACAAAGAUGCUUGGAUUUGAUUUAAUUUAUUUCUUGAAAAAAAAUAAGAAAUUCUCAAUUGAAUGCAUUUUUAACAUUGCCUAAUAAAUGAUAGAAAUAUUAGAAAACAUUCACAAAAAGUAUAAUUUUAGAAUUAUUUUUAAGGAAUAUAAUUCAUAGGGAUUUAAAACCAGAAAACAUUUUGGCUAAAAGUCAUUCUGACUAGAUAUAUUUAAUUGAUUUUGGAAUUUCAAAAAGUUCUGUAAAAAGUAAGAAAUAAAAUAAAGCGAAAAUUCCAUUCAUUGGAACUAGUAGGUAUGCUAGUGUAACUGCCCAUAGAGGAUUGGAGCAAGCCAGAAGAGAUGAUUUAGAAUCUUUAGGUUAUGUUUUAAUAUACCUCUUCAAACAGAAAUUGCCAUGGUCCAAUUAUGAGAAAUUCGAAAAUGAUCGUAUAGAGAGGAUAGGAUAAUUAAAAUUUGAGAUGAAACCGUAAGAUAUUUGCGAAGGCUGUCCACAAUAGAUAUUAAAGUAUUGAUAAAAUUAAAAAAUAGUUAUAUGACUUAAGUAGCAGGAUUGAAUCAUCAAUAAAUCCCGAAUUAUUAAAAGCUGAAGUUAAUUUUUCAAUUGAAAAUUAAUCAUAAAUAACACAUUAUUUUUGACUGGUCAAAUAAUUAAUUUAUUAAUUCGAAAACCAUUCAAGAUAACAAAACUAAUAAUUAGUAGAAAUACGAAAGUGUUUAGCAUAUAAAACUGUAUUUAAAUUACAUUAUUGUAGAUCUGUAGAAAAAACAAGUUCUAGACAUCUUCAUACAAUUACUUUUCAUGUUGACUCAAAUGCUUCUUCCUGUUUUAAUAGUCAACAAUCAUGUAGUAUGUAGAAUUCUUUUGGCAGUCAUCAAAGUGUUUAGGUUGAUUUUUUAAAUUCUGAAUCAAGUGUACAAUCUUAAAAAAAAGAAAACAAACUUUCAACUUUUGAUGCAUUCAUACUCAAUGAUGAUAUAAUGCCUAUCAAAGACUAGCUUCAAUUGAUGGAAUUAGAAAAUCAGGAUCUAGAAAUAAAGCAUAAUCUGUUGCAUUACCGUUCAGUUUACUAUAACUUCAAGAAUCCAUUUACAGGAAUUUUAUCUUUAAAAAUCAAUUGA